UAUAGGCAUAUAAAAAAAAAUACAGAUUUUAGUCUGUGGUUUUAGAUGCAUCAAUAAUUCUAAGUUUCUAGGGAUAAAAUGUAACGACAUUUGAUACAUUUGAAGCCUAAUUUCUAUGGAAAUCAAAUCCAAAAUUAAUCUAAUUAUUGUCAAUGUUUAACUUCAUCUUCAAGGCAGAUAGUUACAGGAAAAGACUGCAUGUGUAGUACAAGUUUUAGAUACUGAGAAGUCUAUAUAUAUUCUGCGUGGUACAAUUUGUGAAGCAAAAUCAAUACAUGAUUACAAAAAGACAUUACCAAUACGAGGAAAUACGUAAUUUAAAGAAAAUAUUGGAAGAAAGAAAAUAGGAAUACUUUUUUUUUUUUGCUACCAAAAAUUGUUAAUAUAUCGAAGCAAACAAACUUGAGAUUUUACUAGAAAUAGAUGAAAUUCUGAGAACUUUAAUCGAAAAACAAGGUUACAUAAUUGGACUAGAAUAAUACUCAUCUCACAACAGAUCAAAAACAAUAUAUGACUUCCGGUUCCGAUUGACUUGGCCAUGUAGGUUCAAAUUUCGACUCCUGGGUUUUAUAUCUAAAUUCAUAUGUAACCCAUUAUGAUUGGUUUUUAAAUUAUUUGGAAAAGUUAUAAGACGAUAAAGACGCAUCAUUUUAUAAAGAAAAAGUGUAUACAUGUACUGAGAUUUAAAAGAAACUUUGGACUUUUCUUUGUUGGUGAAUACUUGUGCGUAUCAGUUCACUAUGGAGGACAGUAGGAAAAGAAACCGUGAGGAAAUGCAGACCAGUCCAAGUAAGUCUUUCGAAUACGUGGAAAAAUAUGAACUAAAUGAUGUCAUGAAAGGCUUAACAAACAUCUAAAGCACCCUCGCUAAUCUUAUGAUAAGUUUUGAGACACAAAGAAAGGAGCCGGCAGAUAUAAAGAACGAUGUCUACGGGAAACACGGUGUUGAAAAUAGACUCCAAGAAGUUCAAGCUCAAGCUGAUGACACGAUCUCACAAAUCACAGAAUUUGAUCACAAACAACAAAAAAUGUUUAGAGAAUUAACAAUGCUUUAGGAUCUUGUAGUGAAACUAGAACAGAGGGUAGACCUACAAAAUCAUCAAAUCCUUGAACUCAAACUGAAAACCACGGAGACAAAUGUUAUCAUUACUAGCUUAAACAGAAAUGAGAGAGAGAGAGCGUGAAAUUCUUCCCAACCGCAGAUCGGAGUUUUUCAAACAACACUUGGAAAUGUCGGAUGAGGAAAUCAGCGAAGUCGGCAUUGUUAAGUGAAAAGACAGGGUGAUCCGAAAGCUAAAAGAAGAUUUCCCAGACCUGCAUUUGUGCAGUUUCAAGACAUUUACCAAAAGGAGAAGAUCAUGAAAAAAAUUCCUAAACUCAAACCGAAAGGUGUUCCCAUUAGGAUUUCCAACCAUUAUCCCGAAGAAAUGAGAGAAAAACGCAAGCGACUCUAUGAUCUACAGAACAGCUACAAAGAGAAGAAUAUUUCUACAACGAUCAAAGCUGACAAGCUGGUCUCCAACAAUAAUGGAUCAGUGUACUGUGAAAAAAUUGCCAGACCGAAAACAUGCGACAUUCUUGAAGAUCCCAGCGACAAAAACCCGUCCGAAAUCCAUCAAGGUAAACAGAUCGAGGACAAUGGGAAUCGUUUUACAUCACAUGCCACUAAGGUAUCAUCUGUAAAGCAGGUAAAUCAGGUCCUUAGAGAUAUUUUCAGAAUUUCUAAAGUUUCAAGUGCAACGCACAAUAUAUAUGCAUACAUAUUCACAAACGAAGACGGAGUGAUGCACGAAGGAAGUGAUGAUGAUGGAGAACACGGCGCUGGCCGAGCCUUACUGCAAAAAUUGAAGGACCGAAAUGUCUCAAAUUGUGUAGUAGUAGUUGUUUCUCGUUGGUUUAGUGGUAAAAUCGGUGCCCGUCGAUUUCGACAUAUUCUGGAGGUGGGAAUGAGCGCAGUAACCAGCGUAAAAUAAUCUCUUAGCUCCGGUUUGAUCAAUCACUCUUGUUGAAAUUCAUAGUGAUACGCAUAUCGACUGUUCUAACUUUAUAAAACAUU